AAUUCUACGAAAAAUAUGUAACAACGUCGCCAUAUUGUCAUGUCAGGUUUGUAGUGGUGAAAAGUGAUUUGUGAAUAAUAAUUGUGAAUGCAUUUGGAAAAAACAUAGCAAUUUAAGGCAGGCCUAUAUUAAAAGUUUUGCCUGCGGCUUGAAAACCUAAGGCGCAGGGUGCAUCAUUGCAUCCGUUGAAACAUGAGCUAUCAGAUACCAUCAUCACAAAGCCGGACAAUGUCGCACAGCAAUUAUGGUGGAUCUGAUGUGCCUAUGGCUCCAAGUAAGGAGCAACAGACUCUUAUGUGGCAACAGAACUCAUACUUGGUGGAUUCUGGUAUCAACUCUGGGGCUGCUACUCAGGUGCCAUCACUCACUGGGAAGGAAGAUGACGAAAUGGAAGGAGAUCAACUUAUGUUUGACUUGGACCAAGGAUUUGCACAGGGGUUCACUCAGGAACAAGUUGAUGAUAUGAACCAACAGCUCUCGCAGACCCGCUCUCAGCGUGUCCGUGCAGCAAUGUUCCCUGAAACGUUGGAGGAGGGCAUUGAGAUCCCUUCAACCCAGUUGGACCCAGCUCAACCCACUGCUGUCCAACGCUUAUCUGAGCCAUCACAGAUGUUGAAGCAUGCCGUGGUUAACUUGAUUAACUAUCAAGAUGAUGCCGAUUUGGCAACUAGGGCUAUCCCAGAGUUGAUAAAACUCCUUAACGAUGAAGAUCAAGUGGUCGUGUCCCAAGCUGCCAUGAUGGUCCACCAGCUCUCCAAGAAGGAAGCAUCUCGUCACGCCAUCAUGAACUCUCCACAAAUGGUGGCCGCUCUGGUCAGAGCCAUUUCCAACAGCAACGACCUGGAGACCACCAAAGGAGCCGUGGGGACCCUUCACAACUUAUCUCACCAUCGCCAAGGUCUCCUGGCCAUCUUCAAGAGUGGCGGAAUACCGGCUCUGGUGAAGCUUUUGAGCUCUCCGGUGGAAUCGGUCCUGUUCUAUGCUAUCACCACCCUCCACAACUUACUCUUACACCAGGACGGUUCCAAGAUGGCCGUGCGUUUGGCCGGCGGGCUGCAGAAAAUGGUCGCAUUGCUUCAGAGGAACAACGUGAAGUUCCUGGCCAUCGUGACGGAUUGUCUGCAGAUUCUGGCCUACGGAAACCAGGAGUCGAAGCUGAUUAUUCUGGCUUCUCAGGGUCCCAUCGAAUUGGUGCGAAUCAUGCGCUCUUAUGACUAUGAGAAGCUGCUGUGGACUACUUCCAGGGUGCUUAAGGUUCUUUCCGUGUGCUCCAGCAACAAGCCGGCCAUAGUGGAGGCCGGAGGCAUGCAGGCCUUGGCCAUGCACCUGGGCAACCCCAGCGGACGGCUGGUGCAGAACUGUCUUUGGACUCUGAGGAAUCUGUCCGAUGCCGCCACUAAGGUGGAUGGUCUGGAACAACUGCUGCAGAGCCUGGUGCAAGUGCUGGCUUCGACCGACGUGAACAUCGUCACGUGCGCCGCCGGAAUCCUCUCCAAUCUCACUUGCAACAACCAACGCAAUAAGGUGACGGUCUGCCAGGCGGGAGGCGUGGACGCCCUGGUGCGCACCGUGGUGUCGGCCGGGGACCGCGAGGAGAUCACGGAGCCCGCCGUCUGCGCCCUCCGCCACCUCACCUCGCGCCACGUCGACAGCGAGAUGGCGCAGAACGCCGUGCGCCUGCACUACGGCCUGCCGGUGAUAGUGAAGCUCCUGCAGCCGCCUUCCCGUUGGCCUCUGGUGAAGGCCGUGGUGGGCCUGGUGCGCAACCUGGCUCUCUGCCCCGCCAACCACGCCCCGCUCAGGGAGCACGGGGCCGUGCACCAUCUGGUCAGGCUUCUGCUGCGCGCCUUUAACGACACGCAGAGGCAACGGGGUUCGGUGUCGGGCAGCACGGGCCCGGGCAGCGCCUACGCCGACGGAGUGCGCAUGGAGGAGAUCGUGGAGGGGGCCGUGGGGGCCUUGCACAUCCUGGCCCGCGAGGGGCUCAACCGGGCCCUCAUCCGGCAGCAGAACGUCAUCCCCGUCUUCGUGCAGCUGCUCUUCAACGAGAUCGAGAAUAUACAGCGCGUAGCGGCCGGCGUCCUCUGCGAGUUGGCGGCGGACAAGGAAGGCGCCGAGAUGAUAGAGGCCGAGGGGGCCACCGCCCCCCUCACGGAGCUGCUGCACUCGCGGAACGAAGGCGUGGCCACGUACGCGGCCGCCGUGCUCUUCCGCAUGUCGGAGGACAAGCCCCACGACUACAAGAAGCGCCUGUCCAUGGAGCUGACCAACUCGCUCUUCAGGGACGACCACCAGAUGUGGCCCAACGAUCUCACCAUGCAGCCCGAUUUGCAGGACAUGCUCGGUCCGGAGCAGGGCUACGAGGGCUUGUACGGGACGAGGCCGUCCUUUCACCAGCAAGGCUACGACCAGAUCCCGAUAGACUCGAUGCAGGGCUUGGAGAUCGGCAGCGGUUUCGCCAUGGAGCUGGACGUCGCCGAGGGCGAAGGCGCCUUCCCGCAGCCCCCGCUGGACAACGCCAACGUGGCCGCCUGGUACGACACGGACCUCUAGGCGGACCGCCACCCCCCAACCCCCAAACCCCACCCCCGCCGCUCCUCGGUGCUAUUUCCCUCGAGACCGCCUUCGAUCGCCCGAGCCCCGCGUGGACCGUAUCGUUUCGUCGCGCGUAUGAGCCGCGUGACAUCGGAGAAUAGGGUAACUAGACGUAACUUUCGUAGGCUUUAAUAUUAGUUAAGUUCCCGCAUUUACCGGCAGACGUAGACUUCUGUCCGAGGACGCAUGAGACUGCCCCACGUGUGAGAGGGAGAGUGAGAGAGAGAAGCCCGGAUGCCCCGUCGGGCGACCCCCCCUCGGGUCGAGUGCAGAGAGAUAUCGAUGGAACAGUUCGCGACGCGCUCUUUUGGAAAUUGUAUUUUUUAACUUUGAUAUUUUUCUUCCUCCUUCCGACCCCGGGGUCGCUCCGCGGAUCGGAAUACUUGUCGGAGUCCGCUUCUAGGUUAACGUUGGCGUCGUAGGCCAUAGUUCAAUUGUUCGCCCGGGCCGUGUACGUCGCGAACGACGCGGCCGCUGCGAGUCGGACGUUUUUAGAUAGAGAGCGUUGUGCGGAAGUUCUAUUUGUUGAUUAAUUGCUGACUUUAAUUAAACGUUAAAGAAUCUGCAGAAUAGACCACCGUAUAUUUCUGAAAUGUACGGCUCGUAGCAGUUGCGGAUCGUAUUCAAUAUAGAGACCGAGCGAUACUUAAAGGUAACCGUUUAAGAGUUAAGAAUAGUCGCACUAAAUGUAAAAGUGCACAUAACGAGAGUAGUCGUGUAAUCGUUAAGCUAAGCCUAGUUUUAAUUCCUCUUCGGAUCCUCGUAUUAUCAUUUUUCUAUUCUAUUUUACGACUUUGCCGAUGUUUUGAUAUUCGUGAUGUGAAGACAUUGCCGAAGUAUGUGAUUUUGUGUCCAUUUAUGUAUGGAUAAUAAAUUAAUAUUAAAAUA